AUGCUUUCAUUUAACACAUUUAUUUCCUUUUUAAUACUUCUAAUACAGUACGUACUUUCAUUUGAUAUUGACAGUCGAAACAAUAUUGCUGUAUAUUGGGGCCAAAACUCUGAAGGUAAUCAACAAAGGUUAUCUGAAUAUUGCCAAUCUUCCGAUGCAAAUAUUUUCAUUCUUUCAUUUUUAAAUGUUUUCCCAGAUCCAAUGGAAUUAAAUUUUGCUAAUGCCUGUUCUGACACUUUCAGUAAUAAUCCGAACCUAUUACAUUGUGCUGAAAUUGCUUCUGAUAUUGAAACAUGUCAAUCUUUAGGUAGGAAAAUCCUCCUUUCAUUAGGUGGUUCUUCUGGUUCUUAUGGCUUCACUACAGAUGAAGAAGCCGAAUCUUUUGCUCAAACUUUAUGGAAUACGUUUGGUGAGGGAUCUGAUUCAGCUUCUGUGGACCGUCCGUUCGAUUCAGCAUUGAUUGAUGGUUUUGAUUUUGAUAUUGAAAAUAAUAACCCAAUAGGUUAUUCUGCUUUAGUCAACAAAUUAAGAGAACUUUUCAAAGAAGGUUCCAAACCAUAUUAUAUUUCUGCUGCCCCACAAUGUCCUUAUCCUGACGCUUCAGUAGGCGAAUUAUUAACAAACUCUGAAGUCGAUUUUGCCUUUAUCCAAUUCUAUAACAACUAUUGUAAUGUAGAUAAACAAUUCAAUUGGAAUGAAUGGGAAAAUUAUGCCACUACUAUGUCGCCAAAUCCUAAUAUUAAGUUGUUCUUAGGCUUACCUGGUUCUCCAACUGCUGCAAGUUCAGGCUUCAUAUCUUCUUUGAAUUUAUUGAAAGAGACUAUUGAUUCAAUUAAAGGAUCUGCCAAUUUCGGUGGUAUAUCGAUUUGGGACGCAUCGCAAGCAUUUACUUAUGAGAUUGAUGGGAAAAAUUAUAUUGAAAAUAUUGAAGCUCUUUUAAAUGAUAAAAUUUCCAGCUCCAUCUCUUCUUCUUCCAGUUCAGGUUCAUCAUCCUCCGCCUCUUCUACCGCCUCUUCUUCUACUACCUCAUUCCUCGCAUCUUCUUCUAACUUUACUUCUUCCUCUACUACCUCAUCCCUUGCAUCUUCUUCUAGCUUUACUUCUUCCUCUACUACCUCUUCCCCUGCCUUUUCUUCUACCUCUUCCUUUGCCAUAUCUUCUAUUUCAACCUCCUCUUCAGGCGAAGUAGCAUUUACUUUAUCUCUAGUAAUGCCCUCUUCUACUUCUAUAAUGUUGUCUUUCUCCAACAUCAGGAGUACUUCUACAUUGGCACCAGUCGCCACAACUGCAUCCAAAACGACGACGACUUCUAAAUAUGGUAUUUCUUCUUCCUCAUUGUCUAAUAGGAAGACAACUACUUUAUUACCAAUUUCUGUUCCUGUCUCUACUCUCAGUUCUACCGUCACGAUGUCCACUACUUCUACAGCUUCUACAAUUAUCAGCACUGAUAACAGUAUUAGUAGUAUAAUCUCUCACAUUAUUGUUGCUCCAACAUCAACAGAACAACUAUCAUUCACCUUGACCGUUUCUAAUGGCUCUAGUACUACCUCAAUUUCUACUCCUCUACCAGUGAGUAUUGCUAGUUUCCAACCCAACGAUGUUUCACCUAAUGUCGGUACUACUACAAUUCCAUCCUCCAUUAUCCCAUUUAUUGGUACCUUUGGUGAAACAACAUCUACGUUAAUACCUACUACUCCUACUAUUAUUGCUACAACCAUCACCGAUGAUUCCAUCUCUACUGAAACAUCCUCCUUUCAACGUAUCACUUCGACUCUAUCCCCAGUUUCUGCUUCACUGUCUACAAGUGUUAGCACCACUACUACCGCAAGUACUACAAUUUCCACUUCUGGUACACCUACAUCAUCUAAUACAGCUCAUGAACAGGCUCAACAACUAAACAAAUUAUAUUCAGAAGGCAAAUAUAAUGGUGAAUCUACAUGCACAGACGGUGAAUUAGCAUGCUCUAGUGAUGGAAGUUUUGGCAUAUGCAACUUUGGGUCAUGGAUCACAAUGGAAUGUGCAAGUGGCACUACAUGUUAUGCAUACGAUCAAGAUGGUCAAGUCUUCACACAAUGUGGAUUUACUAAUUUAAAACAAAAUUUCAUAUAA